GAGAAACGUUUGUUCGUGCCAUGCCACUCUCACAGACCUCACUCUCUCUUUAGCUUAGAAGCAAAACCCUAAAUGGGGUUCAAUUCGCUGCCAGUAGAUUGAUCUUCUUCCUUGUUAAAUUAACCUGUGAUCCCCUGCUUCACUCGCACAAACUCUAAUCCAACACAGUUCCACUCUGUCAAAGUUUUUGUAUGGGGAUAUUGAGCUUGUGAAGAAUCACUUAUCUGAAUUGGGUACAAGGUCGAUGAUUGGGGGUAAUGAAAAUUCGUUUGGAGAUGUUUUUGAGAAGGAAAUGGUUUUCGAGCUCCGUGAACAGCGGAAGCAAGAUUCUGAUGAUCUUGAAAAGGAGCUAAAUUUGUACAGGAGUGGAUCGGCUCCACCUACUGUGGAUGGUUCGCGGAGUGCAGUUGGGGGAGUGUUUAGCCACAGUGCUGGUGCGAGUGGUCCGGCUUUUGCUGAUUUCACGGAAAGCAGUGGCAAUGGGUUCAUGUCGGAAGAGGAACUUAGGUCUGAUCCCGCGUAUUUAUCUUAUUAUCACUCGAAUGUCAAUUUGAACCCGAGGCUGCCACCACCUCUUAUUCCGAGGGAGGAUUUGAGGUUUGCUCAGAGGUUUCAAGGAGGGAGUUCUGCCAUUGGUGAUAGGAGGAAGGUCAGUAGAGAUGAUAGUGGCAAUGGUGUGAGAUCCGUGUUUCCAUCGCCAUAUAGUUUCAACUCGAACAAGCAGGAGAGUGAGGACUUGGACAGGCUGCAGGGUCAUGUGGAGUGGGGCGCUGACGGACUAAUUGGAUUUCCUGGAUUAGGACUAGGUAGCAAGCAAAAGAGUAUUGUAGAGAUAUUUAAGGAUGACUUUAGCUGUGCUACUCUGAAUUCUACGAACCCUUCUAGACCGGCCAGCAGAAGUGCUUUUGAUGAGAAUGUCAAUGCUUUGAGCUCAUCAGCAGAAGCUGAUUUGGCUCAUCUUUAUGGAGAUUUUACAUCCUCGGACCCAUCACUCUCAGCUUCAAAUAUGCAAAGUUCAACAGGUGUUCAGCAUUGUGGAGGACCUUCUUCAUAUUCUUAUGCUGCUGCUUUGGGUGCAUCCUUGUCAAGAAGCUCAACAUCCGAUCCUCAACGAAUUGCAAGAGCUCCCAGCCCUUGCCCAACUCCUAUUGGUGGAGGCAGGGCUGGGAAUACAGAAAAAAGAAGCAUUAAUAAUGCCAGCCCCUUUGGAGGAGUAUCUUCUCACUCAAAGGAUACUGACGAUCUCGUUGCUGCCUUAUCGGGAGUGAACCUCUCGAAUGGCAUCAUGGAUGAGGAGCAUCAUUUAUCCUCUCAUAAUGAGCCUAAUGCGGAUGGUCAUAAAAAUUAUAUUUUAUCUAUGCAAGGAGGCCAAGAUAACGUUAGACAACACAUGUAUAAGAAUAAUCAAGAACUUAGGCAGUCAAAUAUGUCUUCUUCACCUCAACCAGCAAACACAAGCACCUCUGAUUCUGUUCUAAGCAACGGAUAUAUGUCACAUCUCAGUAAUAAUGCAUAUCUUCAAGGUGAGCUUCAAGAAAACGGUGUUCCUUCGAGUAACAUCUACAGAAAAGGAUCUUCUAGUGUUGCAGUGAACGGCGGAGGUGGCAUACUUCCUCAGUAUCAGCUUUUGGGUACUCCCAAUUCAUCAUUUUCAAAUCAUAGAAGUGCCUAUCCUAUGAGUCCAAUCUAUGGUCAACUUGGGAGCCCCAAUUUGCCUCCCCUCUUUGAGAAUGCUGCUGCUGCAUCUGCUAUGGCUGCAUCUGGAAUGGACUCCAGAAUGUUGCGAGGAUCAAAUAAAAUUCCUGAGCUGAAUCUGAGCAGGAUAAGUAACCAGAUGAAUGGGAGUGUGCUGCAGGCACCUUUUGUUGACCCUUUGUAUCUUCAGUACUUGAGAACGACUGAAUACUCUGCAGCACAAGUUGCAGCUCUUAAUAAUCAAUCUGUUGACAGGAAUUACAUGGGUGAUUCAUACUUGGACCUGCUUCAGAAGGCCUAUCUUGGAAAUUUGUUGCCUUCUCCGAAUUCAGAGUAUGGUGUUCCAUUGGGUGGAAAAAGUGGUGUAUCUAGUCCUCAUGGUUACUAUGGAAAUCCUGCUUUUGGAGUUGGAAUGUCAUAUCCUGGCAGUCCCUCAGCAAGCCCAGCAAUUCUGCAUUCAUUUGGAGGACCUGGUAGCCCCAUCAGGCAUGGUGAAUUCAAUAGAUACCCUGGCGGGAUUAGAAAUGCAACUGGGGGAAUCAUUGGACCCUGGCACUUGGACCCUAGCUUCAGUUCUUCUCUGCUGGAAGAGUUCAAGAGCAAUAGAGCUAGAUGCUUUGAGCUUUCAGAGAUCACUGGCCAUGUUGUUGAGUUCAGCGCUGAUCAAUACGGGAGCCGAUUCAUUCAACAAAAGCUUGAAACUGCCACAACAGAAGAGAAGUGCAUGGUUUUCGAGGAAAUUUUUCCUCAAGCUCUUGUACUAAUUACAGAUGUGUUUGGUAAUUAUGUAGUCCAAAAGUUUUUUGAACAUGGCCUGCCAUCACAAAGAAGAGAAUUAGCCAGUGAACUUUUUGGACAUGUACUGACACUAAGCCUCCAGAUGUAUGGUUGCCGAGUGAUACAAAAGGCAAUAGAAGUUAUUAAUGUUGAUCAGAAAAUCAAAAUGGUUGAAGAGCUGGAUGGGCAUGUCAUGCGAUGUGUUCGUGAUCAAAAUGGAAAUCAUGUCAUUCAGAAGUGCAUUGAGUGUGUUCCUGAGGAGCAUAUUCAAUUUGUUGUGUCAACAUUUUUUGAUCAAGUUGUCACCCUCUCCACUCAUCCAUAUGGCUGCCGUGUGAUCCAGAGAGUUCUCGAGCACUGUAAGGAUGAAAACACCCAGAUGAAAAUGAUGGAAGAGAUUAUGGGGUCCGUAAGCAUGCUAGCACAGGAUCAGUAUGGGAAUUAUGUUGUUCAGCAUGUACUCGAGCAUGGGAAGCCACAUGAGCGAACAACCAUAAUUCAGGAAUUAGCUGGAAAGAUAGUUCAGAUGAGCCAGCAGAAAUUUGCAUCGAAUGUUGUUGAGAAAUGCUUGACUUUUGGUGACCCAAGCGAACGUCAGUUCCUGGUGACUGAGAUGCUUGGUACAACUGAUGAAAAUGAACCGCUUCAGGCUAUGAUGAAAGACCAGUUUGCAAACUAUGUCGUACAGAAAGUGCUUGAGACAUGUAGCGAUCAGGAGCGUGAACUGAUCAUGGGUAGAAUUAAGGUCCAUCUGAAUGCACUAAAGAAAUACACAUAUGGGAAGCAUAUAGUAGCUCGUGUAGAGAAACUUGUUGCCACUGGUGAGAGGAGAAUCGCUGCUGCUGCUGCCGCUGCCGCUGCUCAGACCUCAAAUGCUGUGUAGACGUGCUGUAGGAAAGUUGUACAGCUAAUUCAGCCUAGUUUGGCUAGUCGUGGUUUCUCGUCACCUUAAUCGUGUUUGCUCGUGCAAAUCUUUCUUUCGGGUAUGAACUUAAUUGCAAAUAAAGAAGUUAGCUGUACUGGAAAGUACGUACAUUGUGUAGUGCUAAUGUUUAUACAUAGAGAGCGUAGUUUAUAGCUAAGAGGCGCAGGGGACGGGUUGCCCGUCCAAGAGGCGAUAAAAAUGACUAGAAAAUGCUGAGGUUGUAAUAUAGAGGUAAAUUUCCAAAUGUUAAGUUAUGGCUGUACAUUUGAUAAGCUGUGAUUUCUGCUUAUGUAUGCUAAUUUAAGAAAAUGCCUACAACAAGGUGUUUUGUAUA